AGGGACCGGCUUGCAUCAGGUGACCUUGGCGUUGUAUAAAACCACCACCCAGCUGGAUUUUUGUACAUUUUCUGGAGACGCAUCAAGACUGAUUAAACACAAAUAGUACCCGAAGAUGAAGGCAUUCACAUUUGGUGUGAUCUUGCUCGUUUUAUCGCUGAAUGUAAAAGGAAGUAAAACUACGAGCGACGUGACGAGGGCCACUACGGCUUUAUUUACAGCAAGAUAAGGGAGAGAUUCCUCUCAUACGAUGAUGGUAUCUACGAGCUUCGUGUCGUAAGGGGAAAUAGAAAACCAGUGGUAUAUAUUGGUAUGGCUCACAGAGAUGGCCCCGGCUCCAUGAACCAACGUAUUCUUGAAUACUGUAGGGACGGUUCACAUAAGGGUGAUCUCAUCAACAGGGCCAUGAGACUUGGGUAUACGUUACAAGUUCGGGUCCAAAACAUCCCUGGAUCAGCAUAUCAUGUGCGAGAGUGUGAAAAGAAAUAUUUGGAUGCGUAUGAUUACGCAUGGAAUGAGAUUAACAACGGCCGCAUCAGAGGAAACGUUCCUUCACCAUGAACAACUAGAUACAGCUACAAAAGAUUAACUGGCAAACAGCAUGUAGUAUACGAUAGCAGUAUAAUUUUAACUAAAGGAAGUAUCAAGUCUCACUCUGGGGGUUCGUAUAGUCUUGAAAAGUCCUAGAUGUCCUAGAUGUAAAAUACAUAAUUUCUGUCCUUGAAAAAAACGAACGUUAACCUUGACUCAUGUUAGCUAGGCCACUGAAAUGGCGGUUAUAUAUGGACUGUUUCAGCUUGUGCAUGUGCAUGGUUAUAAAAGUAAUUUUUUUGUGGUAAUAAACGACAAUUUUGAAUAAAA